CUUCCCAGGCGCACCCCUCACGUUGGGAGCUACAGCAACCCAGGCGUCUUGGUCAUUGCCGCUGCUUCUGCUCCUCCUCCUCUGCUCCUGCUACUUGCUGUUCCCUCCACAAGGUGCCCAGGAGCUCAUCCCUCUCCUCCUCCCUUCCUCCUCUCUCCAGGUCCUACCGCUGAGGCUGCAGGCGCUGCCGCAGGAGCUCCCCCACCACGAACCCCGCUACCAGGCGGCUACCACUAAAGAUCCAUUCAUGUUGUUGUGAUCCCAAAGGGCAGACAUGAAGAUCAGGCUGUCUUCAGCAAUUGCUGCUCUAUGCGCAGCUCUCCUCCUGUCUUCGACAGAGGCUGAAGUUAAUCCACCGUCAGACUUGAAUUUUACAAUUAUAGAUGAACAUACUGUUCGAAUGUCAUGGACAAGACCACCUGAUGCAAUAGAGGGGUACAAGAUAACAGUGGUCCCUACAACUGAUGGACCUACUAAAGAAUUUACCCUUGCACCUAGUGUUACUGAUACUAUAUUGUCAGAUCUUAUACCUGAUACAGAAUAUGUUGUGACAAUAACUUCAUAUGAUGACAGAGAAGAGAGUCUACCUGUUUUUGGCCAACUUACAAUUCAGACAGGUGUUGCAGUGGGUCCAGAGGACAAGAAGCCUGACCAGAGUCACAUAAAAAAGUGUUCCGUCAGUGCACUGACAGAUUUAGUUUUUCUUGUGGAUGGCUCGUGGAGUGUUGGGAGAAGUAACUUCAGAUAUAUUUUGGACUUCAUGGCCACUCUUGUAUCAGCUUUUGACAUUGGGGAAGAAAAGACACGAAUUGGAGUUGUUCAGUACAGUACUGAUACAAGAACUGAGUUCAACUUAAAUCAAUAUUUCAGAAGGAAUGAUCUUCUUAAUGCAAUUAAAGGAAUACCUUACAAAGGUGGCAAUACAAUGACAGGUGAAGCUAUUGAUUAUCUGAUUAGGAAUGCAUUCACUGAAUCUGCUGGAGCAAGAAAGGGCAUUCCUAAAGUAGCAAUUAUCAUUACGGAUGGAAAAUCUCAAGAUGAAGUUGAAAUUCCUGCAAGAGAGCUUCGCAACGUAGGAGUUGAAGUCUUCUCCUUGGGAAUCAAAGCAGCAGAUGCAAAAGAACUGAAACUAAUGGCAUCUCAGCCAUCCUUGAAGCAUGUUUUUAAUGUGGCAAAUUUUGAUGGAAUAGUGGACAUACAGAAUGAAAUAAUCUCGCAAGUGUGCUCAGGUGUUGAUGAACAGCUGGGUGAACUGGUUAGUGGAGAAGAAGCUGUGGAGCCUCCCUCAAACCUAGUGGCCACCCAAAUCUCAUCAAAAUCUAUUAGAGUCACUUGGGAUCCAUCUGCUAGCCAAAUAACAGGCUACAGAGUGCAGUUCUUUCCAAUGAUAGCAGGCGCCAAACAACAUGUGCUGAGUGUUGGUCCUCAAACAACUGCUUUAAAUGUAAGAGAUCUUUCUCCAGAAACAGAGUACCAGAUUAAUGUAUAUGCAAUGAGAGGAAUGGCAGCCAGUGAGCCAAUUACAAUAAUGGAAAAAACACAGCCAGUCAAAGUUCAAGUGGAAUGCUCCCGUGGUGUGGAUGUAAAAGCUGAUAUUGUGCUUUUAGUGGAUGGCUCCUACAGCAUUGGUAUCGCCAAUUUUGUUAAAGUAAGAGCCUUUUUGGAAGUGUUAGUUAAAAGCUUUGAGAUUUCACCUCAAAAAGUACAAAUAAGUCUUGUCCAGUACAGCAGGGAUCCCUAUACGGAGUUUUAUUUGAACAGAUACAACAAAAUUGAAGAUAUAAUUCAGGCUAUUAACACCUUCCCCUACAGAGGUGGAUCUACAAACACAGGCAAAGCGAUGACCUAUGUGAGGGAGAAAGUAUUUGUUAUCAACAGAGGAUCACGGCCAAAUGUACCAAAGGUCAUGAUUCUUAUUACUGAUGGAAAAUCGUCAGAUGCCUUUAAAGAGCCAGCCAUAAAAUUGAGGGAAUCAGAUGUAGAGAUAUUUGCAGUUGGUGUUAAGGAUGCAGUACGUACAGAAUUGGAAGCAAUUGCUUCACCCCCUGCUGAAACCCAUGUGUACACAGUGGAAGAUUUUGAUGCUUUCCAAAGAAUAUCUUUUGAACUUACACAGUCUGUCUGCCUACGAAUUGAGCAGGAACUGGCUGCUAUAAGGAAGAAAAGUUAUUUACCUGCCCGUAAUUUGGCAUUUUCUGAGGUAACAUCUGACAGUUUCAAAGUGAAUUGGUCUCCAGCUGGAUCUGAGGUUUUGUCCUAUCUUAUUAAAUAUAAAGUAGCUGCUGGUGGAGAAGAAUUCCUUGUUUCAGUGCCAGCUUCAAGCACUAGCUCAGUUCUCACUCAUUUACUCCCUGAAACUCUUUAUUCAGUCAGUGUGAUUGCAGAGUAUGAAGAUGGUGAUGGUCCUUCCUUGGAAGGGGAAGAAACGACUUUUGAAGUUAAAGGGGCUCCUCGAAACUUAAUGAUAACAGAUGAAACUACUGAUAGCUUUAAGGUUGGCUGGACGCCCGCUCCAGGAAAUGUUCUGAGGUAUAGGGUUGAAUACAGGCCAGUGACUGGAAGAGAGAGAAAACAUGUAACUGUCCCAGCAAAUGAAAGAUCAACUACGCUACUGAACUUGACUCCCGAUACAAGAUAUGAAGUUUAUGUUAUUCCUGAGUAUCAGUCUGGGCCUGGAAAUUCAUUGAAUGGAUAUGCAAAAACUGAAGAAGUCCUAGGGACUCCAAGAAAUUUGAGAGUUUCUGAUGCUACAACAUCCACAAUGAAGUUAUCUUGGAGUGCAGCACCUGGAAAAGUACAGCGGUACCUUGUAACAUAUACUCCAGUGGCUGGAGGUGAAACCAAGGAGGUAACCAUAAGGGGUGAUACUACCACUACAGUGCUGAGAGAUUUAGAACACGGCACCAGAUAUGCCCUGUCCGUGACUGCCUUGUAUGCAUCUGGAGCAGGCGACGCUCUCUCUGGGCAAGGGGAAACACCUGAAGCCCGAGGAAGUCCAAGAAAUCUGAGAGUUUCUGAUGCUACAACAUCCACAAUGAAGUUAUCUUGGAGUGCAGCACCUGGCAAAGUAGAGCGGUACCGUAUAACGUAUACUCCAGUGGCUGGAGGUGAUACCAAGGAGGUAACCACAAGGGGUGAUACUACCACUACAGUGCUGAGAGAUUUAGAACAAGGCACCAGAUAUGCCCUGUCCGUGACUGCCUUGUAUGCAUCUGGAGCAGGAGAUGCUCUUCCUGGGCAAGGAGAAACACUUGAAGCCCGAGGAAGUCCAAGAAAUUUGAGAGUUUCUGAUGCUACAACAUCCACAAUGAAGUUAUCUUGGAGUGCAGCACCUGGAAAAGUACAGCGGUACCGUAUAACGUAUACUCCAGUGGCCGGAGGUGAAGCCAAGGAGGUAACCAUAAGGGGUGAUACUACCACUACAGUGCUGAGAGAUUUAGAACAAGGCACCAGAUAUACCCUGUCCGUGACUGCCUUGUAUGCAUCUGGAGCAGGGGAUGCUCUUCCUGGGCAAGGAGAAACACUUGAAGACCGUGGCUCACCUCGUGAUUUGCUUAUUAGAGACAUAACUGACACUACAAUGGGACUAUCUUGGACAGCAGCUCCAGGAGCAGUUCGUCGUUAUAGAAUAGUAUGGAGAUCGCUUUAUGAUGGUCAGACUGGGGAGAGCACAGUUCCUGGAAAUGUAAUAAAUACUGUGCUGGAGAAUUUACAGCCAGAGACUAAAUAUAAAAUUUCAGUCAUUGCUUCCUAUAGCAGUGGAGACGGAGCUCCUCUAGAAGGAGAGGCAACUACUGAAGUGUCACCAAAUGCCAGGAGGGUGAGAGUAGAUGAAGAGACGGAGAAUUCAAUGAGAGUUACAUGGCAGCCUGCACCUGGGAAAGUUGUGAGCUAUCGAGUAGUUUAUCGACCUGUCAGUGGAGGAAGACAGGUGGUUGCAAAAGUACCAGCUACUUCCACAGCUACAGUGUUAAAACGACUUCAGCCUCUAACCAAAUACAACAUCUCUGUUAUUCCAAUGUAUAAAUCUGGGGAAGGAAAACACAGGCAAGGAGAAGGAACAACAGCCUCUCCGUAUAAACCACCCAGAAACCUGAAAACUUCUGAUUCCACUAUGUCAAGUUUCAGAGUAACUUGGGAGCCAGCCCCUGGGGAAGUGAGAGGUUACAAAAUAACUUUCCAUCCGACAGGAGAAGAUAGACUUGGAGAACUAAUUGUUGGGCCAUAUGACAAUACAGUUGUAUUGGAGGAGCUUAGGGCAGGCACUACCUAUAAGGUAAAUGUUUUUGGAAUGUUUGAAGGAGGGGAGAGUGCACCACUGGUUGGCCAAGAAAUGACCACCCUUUCAGAUGUCACUGUGACGCCAUUCUUAGCCAGAGGCUUGGAGUGUACUACCAGAGCAGAAGCUGAUAUUGUGCUGCUGGUGGAUGGCUCAUGGAGUAUCGGGAGACCAAAUUUUAAAACAGUCAGGAACUUCAUUGCUCGUAUUGUUGAAGUCUUUGAUAUUGGUCCUGAUAAAGUGCAGAUUGCUCUUGCUCAGUAUAGUGGAGAUCCCAGAACAGAAUGGCACCUAAAUACUUACGGUUCCAAACAGAGUUUACUAGAUGCUGUGGCUAACUUACCAUACAAAGGAGGCAAUACUCUAACUGGAAUGGCUUUGAGUUUCAUCCUAAAAGACAAUUUCAAACCAGAAGUUGGAUUGCGGCCUAAAGCUCGCAAAAUCGGUGUCCUCAUCACUGAUGGCAAAUCACAAGAUGAUAUAGUGGCUCCUUCAAGGAGACUCAGGGAUGAGGGAGUGGAACUUUAUGCGAUUGGUAUUAAAAAUGCGGAUGAAAAUGAGUUGAAGCAGAUUGCAACAGAUCCAGAUGAUACCCAUGUUUUCAACGUUGCUGAUUUCUCCUUCCUCACUAAUAUUGUUGAUGACUUAACGAUUAAUCUAUGUAAUAGUGUAAAAGGCCCAGGUGGUUUGUCAUCUCCCUCCAACCUGGUGACAUCUGAGGUGACACCUCGUUCUUUCAGAGUGACGUGGACUGCACCUGUUGAGAGCGUGGAUAGAUACAGGGUUGAAUACUACCCUGUUUCUGGAGGCCCACCUCAGCAGUUUUAUGUAAAUCGAGUGGAAACUACUACAGUUCUGAAGAACCUGAAACCUGAAACGGAAUAUGUUAUUAAAGUGUUCUCUGUGGUAGAAGAUGAAAGCAGUGAACCUCUAAGUGGCACAGAAACAACUUUGCCAAUCCCUACAAUCAGAAACCUGAAUGCUUAUGACAUUGGAUCGACUUCCAUGAGAGUGAGAUGGGAGCCUCUCAGGGGAGCUACUGGUUAUCGGUUAUUGUAUGAACCUCUCAAUGCCACAAUACCAGCUGUAGAAAAAGAGAUGCGCGUUGGGUCAACAGUGAAUGAUGUUCAGCUGGUAGACCUCAUCCCCAAUGCUGCCUACACUUUAACUAUUCAUGCAGAGUUUGGCGAUCUCAGCAGUGACCCACUUACCACUCAGGAAGUGACAUUACCUUUAGCUGGAGCCAAAAGCUUGAGGGUUAGAGACAUUACUCACAGCAGCAUGAAUGUCAUUUGGGAUCCUGCCCCAGGAAAAGUCCGCAAAUACCUAUUGAGAUACAAAACAACUUUGGGAGAUGAACCAAAAGAGGUGGAAGUUGAUAAAUCAAAAACGAGCACAGUUCUUCCUAGUCUUCUCUCACAAACCCUGUAUGAUCUACAACUCGUUGCAGUAUAUGAUGAAGGAGAAUCUAUACCAGUAGCUGCUAAAGCUACCACUUUGCCUGUACCAGCACCAGUCAAUCUCAGACUCACAGAAGUAACAAAGCAAAGUUUCAGAGGCACUUGGGACCAUGGAGCUCCAGAUGUGGCUCUCUAUAGAAUCACCUGGGGACCCUAUGGUGGAACAGAAAAGCAGGAGACCAUCCUAAAUGGUGAUGAAAAUUCUCUGGUUUUUGAAAAUUUGAACCCAGACACCCUAUAUGAUGUCUCAGUUACUGCCAUCUAUCCUGAUGAAUCCGAAAGUGAUGACUUGAUUGGCAGUGAGCGAACAUUACCUGCAAUACGUCCAACAACGCAAGCACCAAAGAGCGGCCCUCGAAACCUUCAGGUGUACAAUGCGACUUCCAAUAGCCUGACUGUAAAGUGGGAUCCAGCCAGUGGCCGAGUGCAGAGAUACAGGAUCACUUACCAGCGUACAACUGGGGAUGGUGCUGAACAAUCGACCAUGGUAGGAGGGAGGCAGAACAGUGUAGUGCUACAGAAGCUGCAGCCCGACACACCAUAUACUAUUACUGUAUCGUCUAUGUAUGCGGAUGGGGAAGGAGGACGGAUGACAGGCAGGGGCAAGACCAAGCCACUCAACACCGUAAAGAACCUCCGGGUGUAUGAUCCAACCACCAGCACACUGAGUGUACGAUGGGAUCAUGCUGAAGGAAGUCCUCGCCAGUAUAAAAUAUAUUAUGUGCCAACAACAGGCGGUGCAGAGGAAAUGACAACAGUACCAGGGAACACAAAUUAUAUCAUCCUGAGAUCUCUCCAGCCUGACACACCUUACAAAAUAACUGUGGUUCCAACUUACCCAGAAGGGGAUGGUGGACGUGUAUCCGACACUGGAAGAACUUUGGUUAGAGGAGCAGCAAGAAACAUACAAGUUUACAACCCUACACCGAACACCUUGAAUGUCCGAUGGGAACCUGCACCAGGUCCAGUACAACAGUAUAGAGUUGUCUACGCUCCGCUGGUUGGCCCAAGGCCAUCAGAAUCUAUUGUGGUUCCUGCGAACACUCGUGACGUUGUGCUGGAGCGCCUGACCCCUGACACUCCUUACUCUGUGAAUGUUGUGGCUCUGUAUGCUGAUGGAGAGGGAAAUCAAAGCUCUGGGCAGGGGAGAACAACACCUCGUAGUGGGCCAAGGAACUUGAAGGUGUUUGAUCCAACAACAAACAGCCUGUCUGUACAAUGGGACCAUGCUGACGGGCCAGUUCAGCAAUACAGAAUCAUUUAUUCACCCACCGUUGGAGACCCCAUAGAUGAAUAUACAACAGUACCCGGAAGAAGAAAUAAUGUGAUAUUACAGCCACUGCAUUCAGACACGCCAUAUAAAAUUACUGUUGUGGCUGUGUAUGAUGAUGGAGACGGUGGACAGCUGACAGGAAAUGGACGAACUGUUGGGUUGCUUCCUCCUCAAAAUAUACAUAUUUCUGAUGAAUGGUAUACACGAUUCAGAGUUUCCUGGGAUCCCUCACCAUCUCCUGUUCUUGGGUACAAACUUGCAUAUAAACCUGUAGGUUCUGCUGAGCCGCCAAUGGAGGUGUUCGUUGGGGAAGUGACUUCAUACACAUUGCACAACCUGUCUCCUAGUACUAUCUAUGAUGUGAAUGUUUAUGCCCAAUACGAUUCUGGACUCAGCGCACCCCUGAUUGAUCAAGGCACUACAUUGUACUUGAAUGUCACUGAUCUAACAAGUUACAAGGUGGGAUGGGAUACCUUCUGUAUCCGAUGGUCACCUCACCGGUCAGCGUCUUCCUACAGAUUAAAGCUAAACCCAUCUGAUGGAUCCCGAGGACAAGAAAUUACAGUACGUGGGACAGAAACCAGCCACUGUUUCACUGGCCUUUCACCAGACACCGAAUACAAUGCUACUGUCUUUGUUCAGACUCCGAACCUUGAGGGACCGCCCAUCUCUCUGAAAGAGCGCACAUUCAUCAAACCUACCGAAGCACCAACUCAACCGCCUCCUCCUCCUCCACCUCCCACAAUCCCACCAGCUCGGGAUGUAUGUAAAGGCGCCAAAGCAGACAUUGUGUUCCUGACUGAUGCUUCCUGGAGUAUUGGUGAUGAUAAUUUCAACAAAGUAGUGAAAUUUGUUUUUAAUACUGUUGGAGCCUUUGACUUAAUCAACCCUGCUGGAAUUCAGGUUUCCUUUGUGCAGUACAGCGAUGAUGCAAAGUCUGAAUUUAAACUGAAUACAUAUGAUGAUAAGGCCCAGGCUCUAGGAGCACUUCAGAAUAUUCGGUACAAAGGAGGAAAUACAAGAACAGGCAAAGCCCUUACAUUUAUCAAUGAAAAAGUCUUGACUUGGGAAAGUGGCAUGAGGAGAGGUGUGCCCAAGGUACUUGUUGUUGUCACAGACGGUCGGUCACAGGAUGAAGUUAAGAAAGCUGCUGCAAUUAUACAGCACUCUGGUUUCAGCAUCUUUGUUGUUGGUGUAGCUGAUGUGGAUUACCAUGAGCUGUCAAAGAUUGCCAGCAAACCCAGUGAACGUCAUGUAUUUAUUGUUGAUGAUUUUGAUGCCUUUGAAAAGAUUGAGGAGAACCUCCUCACUUUUAUUUGUGAGACAGCUACCUCAACUUGCCCUCUCAUUUACUUGGAGGGAUACACUUCACCUGGUUUCAAGAUGUUGGAAUCAUACAACUUAACAGAGAAGCAUUUUGCCUCUGUACAAGGAGUAUCACUGGAAUCAGGAUCCUUCCCUAGCCAUGUGGCAUACAGACUCCAUAGAAAUGCUUUCAUCAGUCAGCCUGCAUCGGAGCUUCAUCCAGACGGAUUGCCACAUGCUUACACAAUCAUACUGCUGUUCCGCCUUCUUUCGGAAACCCCCAAUGAGCCAUUUGCCAUUUGGCAGAUUACAGACAGGGAUUUCAAACCACAAGUCGGAGUAAUUCUUGAUCCUUCCACCAAAUUAUUGUCAUUCUUUAACAAGGAUACAAGAGGAGAAGUUCAGACAGUAACUUUUGAUGAUAAUGAAGUAAAGAAAAUCUUUUAUGGAAGCUUCCACAAGGUUCAUAUUGUUGUAACCUCAACAAGUGUUAAGAUUUACAUUGAUUGCAGUGAAGUAAUGGAGAAACCAAUUAAGGAGUCUGGAAACAUCACAACUGAUGGCUUUGAAAUACUUGGCAAACUAGUGAAAGGUGAUCGGAAAUCAGCAACAUUUGAAAUCCAGAGUUUUGACAUAGUAUGUAAUGCAGUUUGGACUAGCCGUGAUAGAUGCUGUGAUCUUCCUUCAAUGAGGGAUGAAGCAAAAUGCCCAGCUCUUCCAAAUGCUUGUACAUGUACACAAGACAGCGUGGGACCCCCGGGACCUCCUGGACCUGCUGGUGGUCCAGGCACUAAGGGGCCUAGAGGUGAAAGGGGUUUGACUGGAACUGCCGGGCCACCUGGUCUUCCUGGUGAGGCAGGUCCACCGGGUCCUCAGGGUCCACCAGGUCCACAAGGGAUCAAUGGACUUUCAAUUCCAGGAGAACCAGGUCGCCAAGGAAUGAAAGGUGAUGCUGGAGAACCAGGGCUACCAGGCCGAUCAGGAACCCCAGGUUUGUCUGGCCCACCUGGCCCAGUGGGACCACCAGGUGACAGGGGUUUCACAGGAAAAGAUGGUGCCACAGGACCCAGAGGCCCACCUGGAUCAGCGGGCGCUCCAGGCGUUCCAGGAGUAGCAGGUCCAAGUGGAAAACCAGGGAAACCAGGAGAUCGUGGGCCACAAGGUCCACCUGGAAUGAAAGGAGAAAAAGGUGACAGAGGAGAUAUUGCUUCUCAGAACAUGAUGCGAGCUGUUGCAAGACAAGUCUGUGAACAAUUGAUAAAUGGCCAAAUGAACCGGUUCAAUCACAUGCUGAAUCAAAUCCCGAAUGAUUACUAUGCAAACCGCAAUCAACCAGGACCUCCAGGACCACCAGGGCCUCCAGGAAGCGCUGGGGCAAGAGGAGAACCUGGACCUGGAGGAAGACCAGGGUUCCCAGGAACACCUGGCGACCAAGGACCACCUGGUGAAAGAGGACUACCAGGAGAGAAAGGUGAAAGAGGGAUUGGAUCACAAGGACCACGAGGUUUGCCUGGACCACCUGGUCCACCAGGAGAGUCUCGAACUGGCCCACCAGGUUCUACAGGUUCACGAGGGCCACCUGGGCCACCGGGUCGUCCUGGAAAUGGGGGUAUUCGAGGUCCCCCAGGCCCACCUGGGUAUUGUGAUUCAUCCCAGUGUUCUAGCAUCGCUUACAAUGGUCAAGGAUUCCCAGAGUCAUACGUACCUGAAAGUGGACCCUAUCAACCUGAGAGUGAGCCCUACAUAGUACCAAUGGAGUCAGAAAGGAGAGAGGAUGAAUAUGAGGACUAUGAAGUUGAAAUGCAUUCACCAGAUUACCCUGAACAAAUGUGCUGGAAAAGAUCAUUACCAAGAAAAGCAAAAACAAAACCAUAAAAGAUCUGUCUUGUUUUGUGUUUUUGGUUGUUUGUUUUUGUUUGUGCUAUGCUCUCAUAUGCAGAUACAUACAGAGUGGGUGCAUCCUAUAUUCUCCAAUGCCACCUUCUCAAAUCAGAAAUGCACUCGCAUCUUGUAGGCGUAUCAUGCUUAUGUGCGAAUAGCAAUGUAUGUAACUAUAGAUUUCGUUCUUGCUCUUGAAAUGCCUGUAAAAUACUUUUGCUUAAAGUGGCUGCUUAGCACUUAAUGUGUGCAUUCAGUUAUCACAAUGCUGCAUUUUCUUUAAAUAAAAAAACCAAAACAACACAAAACACCAAAAACCAGAGCUGCUGCAAAUUUUCAAAGGCCUGUCUGCUUUAGCUCUACAGUUUCCCUCCUUUUAUUGCCUGUUUGCAGUAAAGUCACAUCACAAGUCUGCAUUGUCUAGUAAAAAGCAAACCAACUCCUUCUACAUCAUUGUCAAUUUUUUCUAUCCUUAGUUAUACCUUGCAGGGCAUAUAUUGCUCUUAUACAUCUCUUUUAACAACCACAAACCUUAAGUAAUGUAGCUGAAAUCAUUGUAUCAACUGGAUAUAGUUUUAUAAUGCUUUAAAUCUCCUUGUAGACUCAUUAACAUUUAUGCCAAAUUGCAGUCAAUCCUGCAGAGAUGGAAUUGCAUGUUUGUGUUGUAUAUUUAGUAUGGAUUUUUUUUUCAGAAUAUAAUGUUUCUUAGUUAUCAAAAGCAGUUGGAAAUUGUUUGCAAGACUAUGGAUAUAGAAUUGCUGCUUUUAUAUUUUAACUGCAAAUUGUGAAUUUCACUGCCUUAUAUUAUUUAUUUCUGAAACAAAGGAGGCAUUUUUCAAUAAAACUACUGAAAAUUUA